CGAGUCAGCACGUGGUGACGCAUCCGCUUGAUGCUAUUCUGCUUUGAGGAGUUACCAAAAGCCUCAUGCAGCCACGCCUCGGUGCUAUUCCGAGCUUGAACGCCUUUCUGGACAAGACUCAACCUUCGAUCAAGCACGGCGUGUGCUUCUUUGCAUAGGCUACCGGAUUGAUCGAGAUUUUGUGAAGCGUGCAGCCGCAGGAGCAAAGCUCAAGUAGGGGAUCUUCCUCUAAUCUGCCAUUCCUGGUUGUGUUCCACAGUUUCACGUACCCACAAAAAUGUUGCUUCACUCGUUGGCAGCUGUUGCGUUCGCUUUGCUUUCACAUUGCAAUGCUCAAGACGAUCUUUCUCCCUCUUCAUCCCUCAGCGAAGUCCUCGCAGCACACACAAAUCUCAGCUCGUUCAGCACCUUGUUGACGGAGCAGCUUCCCAUUACGCUCAAAGCCAUCGAAGAGGGUCACGAUGCCGAAUACAAUCCGAUCACUGUAUUAGCACUUUCGAAUCGUGCCCUUGACCGCAUCCAAUACAACCCAGCGCUCAGCGCUAUCUGGGCCAACAAUGAUACUACAGAAAUGUCACGCGUGAUCGCAUAUCACGUCCUGCUCGGCAAGUGGACCACGGAUACACUGAGCACAAAUUUCACGUUCUUGCCGAGCAUGACUAUAGGAAGCAACUUCUCGAACGUGUCAGGAGGACAACGAGUUGGCGCUGUGCUGCAAAAUGGUAAUCCGGAUACGCCAGAGUACAAGUGGGAAUUAGUCUUCAUCAGUGGUGCUGCGGAGAGGAGUGUGGCAUCGAUACAAGACAUUCCCUUUUCAGGCGGUAUCGUGCAAGUGAUUGACAAUCCUCUCAACCCACCCCAGCCUUUGGUGCCCACAGCAGAAGAUUUCAACCUAGCCAACUACCCGUUUGCGAUCAACUCCUUCCUUGGGGCACUCUACUCUACGCCGGACGAUUCGCUGCAGAAAUACCUGAACGACACCAAAGACGUGACCAUAUUCGUGCCGGCCAAUGUCGCCUUCGAAACUGUCUCCAAUGCCAUCACCAGCAUGUCAAACGAAACUCGCUUGGAUCUGCUUAAAUACCACGUUCUAGCUGGCUCAGUACUCCCGAAUGGGGGACCACUAUAUUCCUCCGACUUCCAAGAUGGUGCCAUACUGCCGAUGCACGAUGGGCAGAACGCAAACAUGAUGUUCUAUCCGAACUCCUACUUCUUGAAUUCGGCACGAAUUGUGCAGGCAGACAUCAUGAUCUACAAUGGCGUCAUCCAUGUCAUUGAUGUAUUACUGGAUCCCGAUCAGAAGGACACGAAGCCGAAUCCCACGAGCGCGACACAAGCCCCGGUCCUGGCUGCUCAGACAGAUGGAAGUUUCAACGUCAGCCAGGCGCCUUUCACGACAUAUCUGCCCAACUACAUUCCAACGGAUAUUCCAACAACAAGUAGCUCGAUCAGCAGGACAAGCGCGACGUUCUCAGCGAGCCAGACUGGAUCUUCAAGCUCGGGUAUGAGAACGGCAACUGUUGCUAGCAAUACAUGGUUCGGCGUCGUGGGAAGCUGGAUACUUGUGGCAGUUGGGACUGCUGGCGCGUAUCUGCUACUUUGA